UUGUUGUUGAUUUUUGUUGAAAAAUGAUCAGCACGGAGAACCUGUCCUGAACUUUAAACAGAAAUUUCUGCAAACUGUUGUUAAAUAUUUUUAAGGAUAUCAAGAAUUCAAGAUGGGUGAUGUAAAAUGUUACUUGCGAAAAAUGGAUUUUCCAAGCGUUUUACCCAAAGCUUUAGAACAUAUUCAAAAACUUUGGCUUCCAGAUUGCUCUUCUCAACAAGUAGGACUGAUGAAAGAAUUGUCCGAAGAGUUUGUGUUUUUUGAAGUAGACAAGUGGGGAAACACAAGGAAUCAAAAGCUACCUCCUAUCAAAGAGCUUCAAAUUGUUGAAAGGAUCGCUUGUUAUUUUCAGCAACCCGAUAAUGAUCAAAAAAUGGCUACAUUUCAAUUCCUAUUUCCUUUCGGCUCUAAAAUUUUAGAAAAUCGUUUGCCAGUUUUAGGAAAGUUACUUUCCUUAGCAAUCGCCACAGAAAAUGGUAAUGUCUUAACUUAUAUUGGGACUUGGAUGCAAUUGUGUACAUGUGUGUCAGACUAUGCUGCGUUUAUCGCAAAAGCUGUUGUUCGUGAACACAUCAAACCCAAUUGUAAAAGUGAUAGAAUGAAAAAUUUGCCUAGUAUAUCUCCGGUGUUUUGCGCUAGUUUAAUAUCGGCUAUUACAAACAUGCAUCUAACGACUUGUCCACCUGACCAUAUCAUCAAAGUAAUAUUGGAUUGGAUCAAUACUACUCCUUUCUUGUGUUUUUCUCCAUUCAAACUUAGCAUACCAAGUUCCUUUAACUUUCCUGGUCCUCAGACACCAAUUCCUGGACUAAUGUUUUGGUGUAUUUUGUCCCCUUUAUACAAAGAGUACUCUGAAAACACUGGGAAGGCCAAUUCGAAUGAAAAAACGUUUUCCUCGUUACUAUUAGCAUUACUUCAGUGCAUGACAAAAUCGACAAGUAUACGAGAUCCUUCUUGGUGUGAAGCUGUUUCUGCCACUAGCAUAAUUGUUAUUGCUGAGACUUUAAAGAAAAUGAGCUACUUAUCCAAAGAUCGUUUAGACACAUCAUUAGAUAGAUUUGCCAUGUGUGUAGAAGUUGCAUUAACCAGCAGUUGUUUACAUAUUCAUCCAGAAAGACUUGCAAAACUCUUUAAACAUUGUUUGCAGUUACCAUACAACCAGCCUUUAAAAAUAGUUCUUCAAAAGUGGAGUACUGUAUUUUCUGGGAGAUAAACCUGACACUGGUUUAUUAAGGUGCCUACCAGAAUUAAAACCUUUUUUUCCUCUUCAGAUUUGAACAUUGUUCUAAAGUAAUGUAAUUAAAUACGUUAAUUUAAUCAAAUAAACAAAUAGAUUUUUUGAUACAGUAUAACCCCGAUUUAACGAUUGUCGAGGGACUGGAAAAAGUUAUCAUUAAAUCAGGGAUAUUGUUAAAUCGAGGAGCAUAGACAUUCAAUGCAUUCAAAUCUGGACCAGUAACAUGUAUCAUUAAAUUGAGGAAAUCUGGUAUCGUUAAAUCAAAGUUAUACUGUAUGUAGACUUACCUUUUUUUUUUUGACAAAUUUCGAUAAUUAGUAAACUGCAAAACUUUAAAUAAAAAUACAUUCAGUUUUAUUCCUACACUAUUCUAAAUGUAAACGAUUUUCACCAUGCAUAUUAAAAAAGAAUGAAAAAAUGUCAAAUUUUUCUUUUUCUGCUUCAGUGACAUUUAAAAUUAAUCAAAAAUGAAAUAUUUAAUACUAUUUUUUUAUUGUGUAUGCCACAUCAGUAUAUAAACCAGGGUCAUUUGGAUUUAACUUUUGAGGCGUAUAAGCCAUGGAUUCUCUCUCAGAA